CGACUACUCCACCAUAGACCAACUCGCGUCUUCCUCCCUUCAGUCACAACAACACAAUUACAAGCAUUUACAAUGGCUGCUAAAACUAUCCCCACCCUCCACUACCUUGACAUCGGUAGAAUGGGCCGCGGUGAAGUCGUGCGCCUGUUCAUGAGAGACGCGGGGAUUGAAUUCAACGAUGUCCGACAUCCUUAUGAUGACACAUGGCCCGCUGCGAGCGAGAAACUCAAGCAAGAGGGCAUUACCCGAACUGGCAAGGUGCCUGCGCUCUUGAUCAAUGGUGUUAUCAUCAACCAACAUAUUCCCAUUUUGCGAUACCUCGCUCGAGAUAUCGGCCGCUAUGAAGGCGAAACAAAUUAUGAGAAAUUUCAAGUUGAUGCCGUUUCAGAUGUUUAUAAUGACUGGAGGACUCAAUGGGUGGCGAGCCUAAAAGGUGUUACAGAUGACUACAGGAACAAGUUUGUACCACAAUAUUACAAUGUCGUGGCAGAGUACUACUCCGCAAACAACGGUCCCUAUCUCCUUGGGGACAAAAUAACCUACGCCGACUUCGCCGUUUACCAGUCAAUUGAUAAUGAUGAGCGAAUCGGAGCUUUGCCAUCGAAGCUACCUGAAGCUGUUCAAAAGUUCCGUGAGGCCUUUGAGGCACGACCAAACAUUUCGGCUUAUAUUGAUGAGAACCGCCCAAAGAAGGCAUAAAAUGAUUCUUGUUUGCUUGUGACGACAAUAUCGGCCAAAAGUUGAUUUGCACGGAAUAUUUUCUUGAGAUGUGAAAAUAGCAACAUUUGGACAAGGCUACUAUGAAAUAUCCUCCCUUUCAAUAUAAUUAGUAAAAUGAUGAACUACAUGGUCCAC